AUGUUUUGGGAGUUUCAGAACUUAGAUGGACUGGCAUUGGAGAAACGAGCACAGAAGAUGGACACAAGUUGUGAUAUACGCACCAACAUCAGACAGCGAGGACGAAGAGAUGAACGGUUCUACCAAGAUCUAGAACAAACCAUCAAAGAGAAAGCAAAGAAAGAUAUUCUUGUAAUACAUGGGGAUUGGAAUGCUAAGAUCGGAUAUAAGGAAAGCACUGGAUGGGAAGGAACUAUUGGAGAUUUUGGAGUAGGAACAAGAAAUGAAAGAGACUCAAAACGAGAACUUUCAAAAAAACCGGAUAUUGGUAGUGAUCACGACCCAGUUAUGAUGACAUUCAGAAUGCGACUCUCUAAAGAGAAGAAGGUUUCGCAGAGACGCACAAAGUUUGACUUGGAAAAGCUGAAAGACAGGGAAGUAGCAGAAAAGUAUAGAAGUGAACUGGCGGGGAGAUUUGCACCACUCUUGCUGCUCACAAAUGAAGAACCACAGCAGCUCUGUGACCAGUUCACUGAUAUAACUUUCAACACAGCAAAUGAGAUUUUAGGAAAAGCCAAACCAAUUAAAAGACCAUGGAUAACACCAGAAAUCCUACAAAAGUGUGAAGAAAGAAGAGAAGUGAAGAAAAAUAGAUUUACCAACAAUGAAAGUCUGGGCCAGUAUAGAAAGGCAAACAAGGAGGUAAAAAGAGCUAUCAUCAAAACAAAAGAUAAUUGGGUUGAAAAACAAGCUGAGGAUAUUGAACAAAGCUUAGCAGUAAACAAUUCUAGAAAAGCCUACAGUGUAAUCAAGAGCUUAACAAAGGAGAAAACAGGAAGAACAAAUGUAAUAGAAGAUAAAACCGGUCAGCUGUUAACAAAUAACACCGAAGUGACAGCUAGAUGGAAAGAAUACUGCCGCGAGUUGUACCAACAUCAAGCAGACGUUGAUAGAACAGUAUUAGCAGAGGCUACAUCAGAGGGAGAACCAGAACCAGUCAUCUUAGAAUCGGAAGUAAGGGCAGCGAUUAUAAAGUUGAAACUGAAUAAAGCACCUGGAUAUGACAACCUUACAGCAGAAUUAAUUAAGUGCGGUGGAGAUCCCAUUAUCAAAACCUUACAUCUGUGCAACCGAAUACUCCAAACUGGUAAAUGGCCUACACAAUGGACCCAGUCCAUUCUCAUUCCUAUCCCAAAAAAGGAAAUGAGUAAAAAAUGUAGUGAACAUCGCACAAUCAGUCUUAUAAGUCAUCCUAGCAAAGUCUUACUCACCAUCAUCCUAAAUAGAAUAAAACCGGGAAUUGAAGAAAUUCUAGAUAAUUCACAAACUGGCUUCAGAAAAGAUCGAAGCACAGUGGAAUAA